AUGACAAGUUCAGUACCAACAGUAAAUGAAAUCAGAAAGACAUUCAUUGAUUUCUUUGUCAAUAAAUGUGAACAUACAUUUGUGCCAUCGUCACAGGUCGUUCCACACGACGAUCCAACAUUGUUGUUUGCCAACGCCGGUAUGAAUCAAUUCAAGCCGAUCUUCUUGGGUCAAGCCGAUCCACGUAGCGAGCAGGCCAAGUUGAAGCGUGCCGCCAACUCACAGAAGUGUAUCCGUGCCGGUGGUAAGCACAACGAUCUCGACGACGUCGGUAAGGACACCUAUCACCACACCUUCUUUGAGAUGCUUGGCAACUGGUCGUUCGGUAACUACUUUAAGCGUGAAGCCAUCACCUGGGCUUGGGAGUUGUUGACCGACGUCUACAAGUUGGACAAGGAGCGUUUGUACGCCUCGUACUUUGGUGGAGCCGCCGACAAGGGUUUGGAGCCAGACUUGGAAGCCAAGUCGAUCUGGGAGGAGUUCCUUCCGGCCGAUCGUGUGCUGCCCUUUGGAAUGAAGGAGAACUUCUGGGAGAUGGGUGACACCGGUCCCUGCGGUCCAUGCUCAGAGAUCCAUUUCGACAAGAUCGAGGGUCGUACCGGUUCACAGGCAUUGGUCAACGCCGACGAUCCCACCUUGAUUGAGAUCUGGAAUCUCGUGUUCAUUCAAUAUAAUAGAGAGGCCGACAAGUCGUUGCGUCCACUGCCAAACAAGCACGUCGAUACCGGUAUGGGAUUGGAGCGUGUCACUUCGAUCAUUCAGAAGGUCGGAACCAACUAUGACACUGACAUUUUCGGACCGAUCUUCACUGAGAUCCAAAAGGUCACUGGAUUCACCGAGCCAUACGGUGGAAAGGUCGGAAAAGACGAUCCCGAACAAGUCGAUAUGGCAUACAGAGUUAUUGCAGAUCACAUUCGUACACUGACAUUCUCGUUGGCCGACGGUGCCAUUCCAUCGAGUGAUGGACGUGGUUCCGUCUUGAGAAGAAUCUUGCGUCGUGCCAUCCGUUACGGUAAGCAAAAGUUAAAGGCUCCACCAGGAUUCUUCCAUCGUUUGGUCGACGUUGUCGUCGCUCAUUUCGGUGAGUUCUUCCCAGAGCUGAGAUCGCGUCCACAACACAUCAUCUCGGUGAUUGAGAGCGAGGAAAAGAUGUUUGAGCGUACAUUGGACAAGGGUAUCUUGGAGUUUGAAAACAUCUUGAAAAAGACAAGCAACGGUGUGAUCUCUGCUUCACACGCUCACUAUCUCAGCUCUUCAUUUGGUUUCCCAAUCGAUUUGACCACACUGAUGGCCGAAGAGAAGGGUGUCAAGGUCGAUCUCAAGGGUUACGAAGUGUUGGUCGAGAAAUUCGCUGAGGAUUCGCGUCGUCGUCAAAAGGAAAAGAAGUCCGAGUUGAAUCUUGGUGCCGAGCCAAUUUCGAUUCUCCAGAAGCGUUCGAUCCAACCAACCAACGACCAAUACAAAUACGAACAGAAGGAGGUACAAACCGUUGUAAAAGCCAUCUGGACCGGUAAGGAGUUGAUCGAUCAGUUGACUGCCGAGCACAAGAACACCUUGGUCGGUGUCAUCUUGGAGAGCACCAACUUCUAUCCUGAGCAGGGUGGUCAGAUCUACGACAUCGGUAACAUCAACUUUGUCGACAGUCAGAACACCGCAUUCACCGUCUCUGACUGCAAGGUGUUCGGAGGUUACGUGCUGCACAUCGGUUACAUCUCGGACGACUGUGACAAGUUGGCCGUUGGCGACAAGGUCGAAACCACCGUCGACUACACCCGUCGUAUCCCAAUCAUGAGCAAUCACACCUCCACUCACAUGGUUAACUUUGCAUUGAGACAAGUUCUCGGAUCCACCGUCGACCAACGUGGUUCGCUCGUCGACAACACCCGUUUGCGUUUCGACUUCUCGUCGACCAAGGGUAUGUCCAAGGACGAAUUGGUCAAGACCGACGCCAUUGUAAAUGAGCUCAUUGCCAAGCAACUCAAUGUCUAUUGCAAGGACGUCGAGUUGGCCAGCGCCAAGAAGAUCUACGGUUUGCGUGCCGUCUUUGGUGAAGUCUACCCAGAUCCAGUGCGUGUUGUUUCCGUCGGUGUCGACGUCAACGACCUCCUUGCCAACCCAUCGAACACCGAGUGGGCCAACUACUCUAUCGAAUUCUGUGGUGGUACUCACAUCGCCAACUCAAAGGAGGCCGAACUCUUCACCAUCGUCUCUGAGGAGGCCGUCUCUGCCGGUGUCAGACGUCUCUUUGCCGUCACCGGUACAGACGCCUCUGUUGUAUACGACAACAACAGAAAGUUGGAGACCGCAUUCACCGACGCCGCCAAACUCACUGGAAAGGAUCUCAAGGAUCACGUUCCAUCGCUCCUCGCUCUCUUGGAGUCACAUCCAGUCUCUGCAUCAAAGAGGAUCGAACUCCUCGAGAAGCUCAACAACUUGCAAACCACCGUAAAGAAAUACUUUAAGGAAUUGGAGAGUUCAUCGAUCAGCGAUUCAAACAAGGUUGUAGAUGAAAUCAUUGCUCAAUUAACUGAAAGUAAAGCUCCAGUACAUGUUGGUGUUAUCAAUCUUGGAUUGAAUAACUCUGCUAUUACAGAUGCCAUUAAGAACGUACAAAAGAAAUGUCCAGACACUGCUAUUAUGUUUGUCAGUCCAGAUCAAGAAAAGAAGAAGGUUUGUGUUCUCUCAAUCGUUCCACCAACAUCCACUGCUGCCUCAAAGGGUUUGACUGCCAAUGGAUGGGUUGUAAAGGUUGCCGAACAACUCGGAGGUAAAGGUGGUGGCAAGACCGAUGUUGCCCAAGGUACCGGUUCCCAAAUUGAAAACGUUGACAACGCCGUCGAAUUUGCCAAAGACUUUGCCAAGAAGUUAUCACUAUAA